UUUUGGGGAAGCCCAAAGCAAAGCCAUGAGAGCUUAUGCUCAAAGUGGAUAAUAUCAUACCAUUGUGGAGUGUCGUGUUUAUCUAACAUCUAUGUACUUUAGCCUUUUAAUUUAUACCAAUUGGAAACCUUUUGUUACCCAUCCUGAUGUCUUGUCAUCCCUUUUUUGUAAGCCUUCUUCACUAUUAUUAAAGGAUGGCUUGCUGGUUUUUCCCUACAUUUUUCUGAAGUUGAUUUGCUCUAUCUUUUUCGUUUAUUUGAAUAUUUCCCCUAUUAUUGAUUUUUGAUUUGGUGAACUGUUUUUGUAAUUGCUCUGAGAUUUCAAAUAAUGAAGUUUUCUCUAUACUGAAAAUUGUUCUUAGUUUUUAAGAAAUUUUGUUCCAGUUAAUUCUUGUAUGAUGCCAUUGAAAUUCUUUCUUUUUUAACAUGUAUUCGUGUGUAUAUAUCUGUGUGUGCAUUUUCAUAUCUAAAUCUUUGUUCAUUGUAGGUGAUAAUGCCAAAAUUAAGACUUGUAUGGUGAAUUUUUCGUGAUAUCGACGAUAGUCACCUUUGUUCAUAACAAGUUCUGUGAUUAUUCUCACACUGGCUUAUAUGAAUCAAAUAAGCAAAAAGACCGUCCUCUCGAAAAUCAUCGGUAAGAAGCACCAUUUAUUCUCUUCUCCAUUUCUCAGUUUACCCUCCAGACUUCUAGUUUUUCAAAUGCACUAUGAUGUAGCCACCUGCAAUUUUUUUCUCCAAUCCUAUGCGAACCACAAGAAUCUCUCCGAAGGAAAGAAACUACAUUCCGUAAUGAUUACUUCUGGAUUUAUGCAUUUGCCUUCAUCCAUUACUAGCUUGAUCAACAUGUACUCUAAAUGCAAUCAUAUGGAACAGGCUGUUUUAGUUUUCCAUGAUCCAUAUCAUGAAAGUAAUGUGUUUGCAUACAAUGCAAUAAUUGCUGGAUUUGUUGCAAAUAGACUUCCAGCACAUGGGUUUCAAUUUUAUAAGAGAAUGAGGUCAGUGGGUGUAAUGCCUGAUAAGUUCACUUUUCCAUGUGUAGUUAGAGCUUGUUGUGAGUUCAUGGAGGUUAGGAAGAUUCAUGGCUGUUUAUUUAAAUUGGGGUUGGAGUUGGAUAUGUUUGUUAGUAGUGCUCUUGUCAAUACUUACUUGAAGUUCGACUUAAUGGAGGACGCCAAGAAAGUAUUUAAAGAGUUACCCGAGAGAGAUGUUGUGCUUUGGAAUGCAAUGAUCAAUGGCUACGCCAAAAUUGGUCACCUGAACAAAGCAGUAGUGGUUUUUAAGAAAAUGGGGGAAGAAGGGAUUUCACCUUGUAGAUUUACAAUUACUGGCAUUUUAUCUAUUUUUUCUUUAAUGGGAGACAUUAACAAUGGGAGAGCAAUUCAUGGAAUUGUAACAAAAAUGGGUUAUAGUUCAUGUGUUGCAGUUUCAAAUGCACUAAUUGAUAUGUAUGGGAAAUGCAAGCAUAUCGAAGACGCUUUAGUGAUUUUUGAGAUGAUAAAUGAGAAGGAUUUGUUUUCAUGGAAUUCAAUUAUAUCUGCUCAUGAACAAUGUGUUGAUCAUGAUGGUACCUUGAGAUUUUUUGACAAGAUGUUAGCUUCUAGGGUUCUACCUGAUGUGAUUACCAUCACUGCUGUACUUCCAGCUUGUUCUUACUUUGCUGCUCUCAUGCAUGGAAGAGAAAUUCAUGGAUAUAUGACUGUUAAUGGAUUGGGAAAAAAUGAAGACGGUGAUGAUGUAUUAUUAAACAAUGCUGUUAUGGACAUGUAUGCAAAGUGUGGAUGCUUGAAAAAUGCCCACAGAGUCUUUGAUCGAACGAGCAAUAAGGAUGUGGCGUCGUGGAACAUCAUGAUUAUGGGUUAUGCAAUGCAUGGAUAUGGUCAAGAAGCAUUGGAUAUGUUUCAUCAUAUGUGUGAGGCUCAAAUUAAGCCAGAUGCUAUCACAUUUGUUGGAGUUUUAUCUGCAUGUAGUCAUGCAGGCUUUCUACGUCAGGGGCGCUCGUUCUUAGCUCGAAUGGAACUUGAAUUUGGUGUGGUUCCAACUAUCGAGCAUUAUACAUGUAUAAUUGACAUGCUCGGUCGAGCUGGACAUCUGGGGGAAGCUUAUGAACUGGCUGAAAGAAUACCUCUUCAAGACAACCUUGUUUUGUGGAUGGCAUUGUUGGGAGCAUGUCGACUUCAUGGGAAUGCAGAUUUGGGAAAAGUUGUUGGAGAAAAGAUAAUGCGACUUGAACCUAAGCAUUGUGGCAGUGGUAGUUAUGUAUUGAUGUCUAGUAUGUACGGAGUCGUAGGUCGAUAUGAAGAAGCAUUGCAGGUUAGACGAACGAUGAAGGAACAAAAUGUUAAGAAGACACCGGGUUGUAGCUGGAUUGAACUCAAGGACGGGCUGUAUGUUUUUAGCAUGGGAGACAGGACACAUCCUGAACUAAAUGCAUUGAUUCAUUGCCUUUGUGGCAUUGGAUACCUCCAUGAUGAAGUUAUGCAUUCGUCUUAAGAUAUGGUAGCAUCUGCAAUUGAAUUGAUCAACCACACUUGCUUACAGCAGUCACUCUCGCAGCAAGGAAGAAUGAUUGGCUAUGGCCUUUGGAUCCAUCGUGCACUUUUUAAGGUUUGUUCUUUCCGUUGCAAGCAUACCAGUAUCAAUAGGUUGUUACAUCUCCUCCACAAAUGCAUUUGGAAGGUCAUUUGUAAGGUUGGGUGAGUAGAAUGAAACAUUCUUUAUAAGGGUAUAAAAAUCUCUCCCUACUAGAGGGUAAGCUCAGAAGGAAAAGCACAAAGAGGACAAUAUCCGCUAGCGGUAAGUCGGGGCGGUUACAAAAAUAUCCAAAUAAGAUAUAAGAUUUUCCUAUGGAGCCAAUUUGGAAUGACUUUCUAACUUAAGCGAAAAGUCACCCGAAACCGUCCUUCGCCAUAGAGGCACAAUAAGAACGAGUCGGUCCAAAAACGAUGCAAUUUCUCUAAUGAGUUUCUCUAGUCAAAUCAAUGGCUCUCCCAGGUGAUAGGAAGUCCUAAUUGGGAACCUUCUUUUGGCCGGCCAUCCUUUGAAGAACGGCUGCAGCUUAUUAGAACAGUUAUUUUGGUUGAUCAAGAUUGAAAGAACAACCACUUCUUCAGCUACGCGUCCACAAGUUUUGAUGAACAUGGAUUCGAUUCCUACAAUUAUUCUGUUUUUGGUUUAAAUUUUGUUCCCCACUUACCAAUUAUUGUCUCAAUGAUCUUGAAGGAUCUUUUUUCUGGUCUCUUUUCACAGAAUCUCUUGUAUAUUUUUUUAAUAUUGCAUAUCAUCAAUAAA